UUUUCAGUCGUCGAUCGGUCGGUUCGGAAAUUCCUCGGUUUGGUGCGUGUGCAUGCGUGUGACUGUUUGUGAAAAAAACUCCUAGUCCCGUGCGUCUCGGAUAUUCAAUUUUAACUCGUCUACUGCACACAUGUAUUUUCAUUUCGAGUAGCAUAUGUUUUAACUGCAACAUAAAGCUGCGCUUUGUAUCGGUAAGAACGUGAAGUUUCUUGAAUAUGAGGGAAAAUUCUGCUAGCAAAAAGUGAAAGAUUACCUUUGUUAGGAGACGAGAUUGAUGACGAAAUUACCUCGAAAUCGGCUAAGGCGAAGACUUGUUUAAAAUAUUGUAAAUUUAUUACAUAAAUGCACCUGUGGUGUAGCCGUUGGCACAUGCGGUUGCUGCUAGCUGGCGAAGAGUGAGAGAAGAGGCAUGAUCUAAAGUAAAAUAACAGCGAAAAAAGCUGGAGCGAAGUAAUCCGUAAACUAUAGUCAGAUGGCAAAGUAGGUAGCGUGAUUGACUGAUGGGACAAUAAUGCUACGGAGUGUGCAGGGGGCAGUUGAGCAAUUAGUGUAAACGCAAUCUGUUUGCUAACGGCAAAGGGAAUCGGCAAACGCUCUUACGGUGUAUAGAAUAAGCGUACCCACGUAGAGGACUAAACAACCGACAAAACGGAUCAGCAAGAAAAGGACGGUGACACCUACAUUAGUGAUACUAGUAGCAGCAGCAGCGGCAACGUCAACAAAAGCUGUGGAGGUGGCGGAAAUCGCAAGCGAAAGUUAGUCAUGUACAAGAUGCCAGAAAUCAAACCGAUUCCGAUGCAGACACAGCAACAUCUGCCCCAAGGAGGCGGAGGACCGAACGGCCGCCAGCCCAAGGCAACUCCCAUUACGGACGAUUACGAAAUCUCCAACACUGUCCUAGGGCUUGGCAUUAACGGCAAAGUAGUCCAGUGUACCAACAAAAAAACGGGCAGCAAGUAUGCGCUUAAGGUACUUCACGACAAUGCUAAGGCCCGACGGGAGGUGGAGCUGCACUGGCGCGCCAGUGGUUGCCGAAACAUUGUAAACAUCAUCGACGUCUACGAGAAUAGCUACAGUGGAAACCGAUGUCUGCUAGUCGUCAUGGAGUGCAUGGAGGGCGGCGAACUUUUCCAGCGCAUUCAAGAGCGGCAGGACGGUCCUUUUACAGAAAGAGAGGCCGCUCAGAUCAUGCAUGAAAUUUGUGUCGCUGUCAAGUACUUGCACGAUUCCAAUAUCGCACACCGGGACUUAAAGCCGGAGAAUUUGCUGUACACUUCGCCACACCCGAACGCAAUCCUGAAAUUGACCGAUUUUGGCUUCUCGAAGGAAACGUUCGUUAAGGACACUCUGCAGACACCCUGCUACACGCCCUACUACGUCGCACCGGAGGUGCUCGGACCGGAGAAGUACGACAAGAGCUGUGAUAUCUGGUCGCUUGGUGUAAUUAUGUACAUUCUGCUGUGUGGGUUCCCCCCAUUUUACAGCAACCACGGUUUGGCGAUCUCGCCCGGCAUGAAAACUCGCAUCCGAACCGGCCAGUACGAUUUUCCCAACCCAGAGUGGCAGAACGUAAGUCAGGCUGCCAAAGAUCUCAUCAAAGGUAUGCUUAGUGUUGAGCCAGAGAAACGGCUGACCAUCGACCAGGUUAUGCGGAACCCAUGGGUUCGGCUUUACACAGAAGUUCCUCAAACGCCACUGCACACGGGGCGCGUAUUGAAGGAGGGAGAGGAAACCUGGCCAGAAGUUCAGGAAGAAAUGACCCGAUCGCUUGCCAAUAUGCGCGUGGAUUAUGAUCAAAUGCACAUUAAAAAUUUGGACAGUUCGAAUAAUGCUCUUCUGAACAAGCGAAGAAAACGGGGCGAAGAUAAGGUGAAGAAUUAAACCUGCCGGAAAGGAAGGCAGUUUUGAUGUUUUACUACAACACCUGUUCAACAUUUCCAUCGAAAAAUAAGCCUAGAAAGUUUGCGAUGAUAGCAGCAGCAACAGUUUGUUAGAAAACCAGUUUGUAAGAAAACGGACAACAGUAAACGACCUAACGCAGUCCUUCAUCAUGGUUCGAAGUAGUUAACCGAAGGAAGCACAAGUUGCAGUCAGAGAUAAUUUCAAAUAGUGAAAUGUAAGUGCAUAUAUAUACAUCAUAACUAGGAAUGUUUAGAAAUGGCAUCGUUUGUGUAGCAGACUACGAGUAGAGAGUGUGUUAAAACUGUUUAAGGAUAUUCCAAACAGCGAGGGAAAGCUCAAAACAUUCACUGUUCCAGUGUGAAUGACAAGGGCGUGAUACCUAUUACAUACAGUAGAAGUGUUUUGCGCAAAACAGAACAAAUGGCCAAACAAGUUAUUCGAGAAUAGCAAGAGCCGCAAAUAUGUGAGUGAUAGCUUUUAAGUUCAUGAUUUGGACACAAGUUCUAUUUUCAACUUAUUGACGUAUUGAAACUUUUGGUUACACAUUAGAUUUACGAACCACAAAGACGUAGCAAGCCUAAGUUAAGUUUUAAAGCUGAACAAUUAGAAGUUAAGAGACAACGGGCUUUGAUUAACCCGUUUUUAUGGUUUAUUAUAGAGGUAGCAUCACUACUAUUGAUUUUAAUUUCUAGUUAUAAACAUGCAAUCAGAAAUAAUAUCGGCUUCUUUUAAUUAUAAUUGAAGAUAGUUCAUGCAGAACGGAGCGGUUAAGCAAUCAGAAUAUUGCAGCUUGGUUGAAUAAACACAAUAUAGCGUCACUUGCCAAACUUACGCUGAGGUGUGAUUGGUCAUAACACAAAGCAUUUCAAUGAACUUGAGAGACACGUAACUAACAAGGCUGUACACAUUUUUCUGCAGAAGAUGAGUGUACAGGAAAGCGAGGAUGUAUAUUUAGUCACACAUAACCUGUUGAUAAUCACGAUAGAAUGACAACGAAUUUCUCGUUUUCAAAAACGUAGAGACAAGUGCGGUUUUUCAAUUCAAAAUAUUUUGCUGUCACAUUGUUCGAACGAAAGAAUUUGUAAAAACUUAACAGGCCCUAUUAGAAGAUAACAUAUAUAAGUCCAUCCAGUUUUGACACAUAAACAUUUGCAUUGCAUUAAAACCUGAAAGAAUUACUAGUAAAUAUACCUGGCUGGGACGCGCGAGCUUAGCUUAAGCAUGUUAAUUUUUUAAUCAAAAAGCCAUAGAUAUAAUACGAAAACCGUUCACUCAUUGAGUACCGCUCCAGCUGUAUGGAAGCGAUGUAAAGAUGUAUUUAUUUCGCAUUUCCCAUCAAUAUACUUACCACUUCCAUACAAGAGUAAAAAAACAGGGUUGUGACGCCCCUCCCUUACUAGUUACAGGCGAAUGCCAUAGCAACAUGUACUAAGUUAUUAAACAAAAAUUGAACACCUUUGAAAAGUUGGCUUAGUUGUAUAACAAAAAAUAAUAUCGACGUAAGUGCGACAAGCUAGGAAAGGAUGGGAUUUUCCGAUAUGCCAAUAAAAAAAAAACCGUCGUAUACAUCACGCUAGCUAGACUGGUUGAAACAGUGCAAACUUCAUGUUCGUUUUAGGUUUAUCCUUCCAAAGGUUACGGAAAUAUAUUGUUGAAUCUAUAAUAGAGA